GGUCAGUGUAUAAAAGUACUGUACAGCAAGGCUGUCAUCAAAAACAUAAAGGACAAAACGGUGAACGAAGCAGACGCUUGGGUUGAUGGUGCAUUGCACGGCAAUAUUCUUUGCACAAGAUUCAAGAUGGUUUUUGGUGGUAGCUGCCUUAUUGGAAUCGCACUUUUUGCUAUAUCACAACUCGUGUUAGUUUUUUCUGGGAAAUCAGUUUCACCAAAGUUAUCACUCGUGAGCAGAUCUGUUAAAGAUGGGGAUCCUUGGAAAACUCGUGUUUCGAAAGCGUGGGAAAUGUUACACUCCUCUCCGUGCAAAAAGCUACAAUAUGGAGAGAACUGUACCGAAUUAAAAUCAAGGAGGCGAAACCAAAUGAACAUCUACACUGCAGAUAAAGAAAGAGGAGGAAAGGCCCUGAAGACAGUACUAGUUGAACGGGUAAAAGGACAUUUCAAAGACAGUGAUGCAAUUUUGGUCCUCGACCCUUAUCCUGACGCACAUUUCGGGCAUACAGUCAUCGUGUUCCUCAUCGAAUUUGUUGCAAAUGCAAAAGGAUGCCAUAGAAAAGGCACAUUUUUCACGACAGGGAGUGAUAGCAAAGAAUGUAUGAGCAUAGCACAAACAAGAGCGUGCAGAAAUCGCAUAGGCCACGGGAGGAAAGGUAGAAGAAAGUGCGAGAUCAACUUCAUUCCUCUGGUGCACACUGAAGGUGACAUAAACACCACCCAGCGCUUGAUGUGCAGGUCAGGGCUGCAGGGCUUUGCAAAUUGCCCGGCAUUAGCUGGAAAAACAUUGACUAGGAGUAAGGACAAAUGCUCAAACUCAGGACGUUGCAGCAGCCAAAGCAGGGGUACAUACCGCAGCCCUCUUCUUCGCUUAUUGUCGAUAUGCGAAAGAUGUGAUUACUCUGUGUUGGUGUCGGGCGGAUGGAACGUACUGAUGAACCAGAAACGUCAUUUGGAUAACCUGAAAGAUAUGAGAAACUAUUUGAAAAGCAAAGGUUUCCUCGAGAAAAACAUGAAGGCGUUCUAUGCAAACAACCGUUCCAUUGACCUCGACAAGAAUAAAAGCACAAAGGACACAGUGCCCGCCACAGAGGCUGGGGGAAUAUUGAGUCACAUUGGAGAUAUUUGCAAAAUAUCAUCAGAAUGCAUCGAUUCUUUUGUCAUAUAUCUCAAUGGGCCUACACUGAUGAAUGGCAACAUGUUGCUAUGGGACAGAAACAGAGAUGGAGUUGCCGACGGCACUGAAAUACUGAAAGUGAGACAGCUACUUGGGACACUUGAAGACUGCAAUGCAUCUUGGGUAACAAUAAUAGCAGAUCAGAAUUAUGCCGGGCAUUUGGUGGAUCGUAUAAGAGAUCUUCGUAGCAGACGUGCCAAUCAAGUAUUUGAGAAAAUAUCGGUUUAUGCGUCCUCUACGAAGCGCAGUUACACUUGGGAUCGUUCUUUUACGAGAUUUUGGAUUGCAAGAGAUAACAUAUGGUUUCAGAAGAACCAAACUGGGGUAGCGAGAAAGACCAGGGAAGUCUACAAGGAAGUGAAGGGACGUUUGCCAAGCAGAUUCUCGACAAGAGAACUAUCGCCAAUGCACGGGCGAAACAGGGCUAUAAAUGGCGAUUUCGGUGACGAGCCUGGUUGCCAGAUAACGUCCACCAGUCACCGGUCAUCGUAUAGGAGAUCUUCGUUCUUCGAAAUAGCCAGAAAGUGGUUUAGGAGGCCGCGAGGGACGACCGAGUCAUCGGAAGAAGAUCUUCCAAUACCAACGUAAUGUGACGUCACUAGAGAAUUUGGCAGUCCUUCCAAGUGCUCCCGCUAAGAUAAAAAAAACUAAAGAAUUGGAACCCAGAUAUCCAUUGUGGCGAAAAAGGAAUUUUCCACAACAGAAUAAACACAUAGUGUUAUCAAGGCCCUUCAGGUACAGCCUGGCCCGGCAAACAAAAGGACCUACAACCUUUUUUGAGAAUGAACUCAGACUUGUAUAGUUCCUGUAUAGAUUUUCGCAGUGGACGUCCCACUUUAAGGAACUCUAUCCGAUAUAGUCCCCUGUCUCUCCAAUUCUUUUGUAACAACAUUUUAUUUAAAAUGGGGUCUAGCUCUUUGAGGUGAGAUCUACCUCUUUACAGUGGGAUUCUAUUGUUAAGCUACUUGCCUGCAGCAUCGAUUAUACCAGGUGAAAAUACUGUGCUUUGCAAUAUAUUGUAAAUAGAUUAACUUAUGUACAGCUCGUUUAGAUGAAAUAUAUGAGUACAUGUGUCUAAUCUGUGAAAGAAGUUGAAAUAAAGUGUAGUGAAGUAAUUGUGUAGAAAAUGUAUCCUACGAGAACAGUGACUAUGAAUUAGUCUUUAGAGUUGGACGCGAACAUGUAGCUACAACUAUGCAAGCGACCUGUCUUUACGAAUCGAAGAAUAAGUCAUAUUCUCGAAAUCAAGAUAUUGGCAUCAUCUGUGUGUUUAUCGAUGCAUUGUGACUAUUGGAAAACCACAAGCAGUAGAGAUUUGUGUCGGUGGGGUUAUCCCAAUGAUCUAUAAAAAAGAAUGGAUCGAGCUUCUAAUGUUACCCGAGUGUCGCCAUCCGAGAAGAGGGCCCUAGAACAGCCUAUGCUAGGAGACGGCCUUAAGUAUCAGUCCUAGCAAUGUAUUCAGCUGCUCUGGCCUUGUUCUUUUUCAGGACUAAUACACACAGCCACGUAUUCAUAUCGUUAAAGUAUUGUUUUUGAGGAAUGGCUUCCCGCUAUUGUUUGGGGCCCUCUUCCUUUCCAAAUUGAACAGGCUUCAAACUUUGGUGUUUCAAGACAAUAGGAAGCUCGAUCCAGUCUUUUUCAUAGGUCAGUGGGUUAUCCAGAGCCGAGGUGGGUGGUUGGUGGUAGGUGAUGUUCGGGAGUGCUUGAAGGGUGAUGGUAGCCCAAGGAUAGUGCACCACCCCUACCAAGAAUAGAAGCACAAUGCAGCUAAAGAUUAAAAAAUAAUAGGACAAACAGCAGCGAAUUUUCGAAACGCGCGUUCAAAGAGUAAAAAUAAGUAGUGAUUUGAUUGACAACUUCUAAACAAAACUAAUACCAAACAGAAGAAACUGAACUUGUUGUAUUUGAGUGUAAAGAAUUAGAAUUAAAUAGAUCUAAGAAUUAAACUGGUGUGUUUUCUUAUCAUGCUUUCCUUAUCAAAAAACUUAUGUACUCAGAGCCCUUACAGGAAACUUUAAAAAUAGUAUAGUCAUCGAUAAAUCAAAAUAGAAUGCACUUUUUAUUGAAGGUCAUGGAGCCUGAAGUCCACAAUAAAUAACAGAACUUAGAAUAAAUCAUAAACAUCACGAAAAAUCUAUUUUUAGAAUCCAAAAACUUUGACCAAAUAACCUAAAAGAACACCAUGAAAUACUUACAAAUACCGAAAAUUCAGUAAGCAUAUAUAUUGUGACGUCAUGACUUAAGAAUUCUAUUGGGGGCGAGAUUCCGCUUUUCUAAUUCUAGCAGUUUAUCAGAAUAAAUGCUUACUGAAUUUCAGUAUCAUUGCUCCCUAAAAUGGAGAAAUUGUUCAUGGUGCCUGGAACCAAGGGUACCUUUAAGUACCCUUCAAUUCUAAAAAGACUUUGACCCCUUUCUUACAUGAGACAAAAGAAAUAGCAUUUUUCUGCAGUGCAUGAAAAAUUUGGAGAUAUUUACUGGGGUCUCAAUAAUUAAAUAGACAGGGCUUCGCGACGCUUCAACGAUUUCCAAGAAUGCUUUAACUGCAGUCUUCUUUCAGCACCUAAAACAGCAUGUCAUGCUUAACACGUGUCAUGCUUAAUCAUGGCUGGAAAGAUUGCAUAAUCCUAGCAGAAUAAUUGUCAGUAAAACAGUAAAACGGUGGCAAAGAAGAGUGCAUGAAGUUGACAGCUGAAUUAAUUUGCGAGUGCCAAAAGUAUAGUAAGAGAAAUAGCAAAUUUGCAGCUUAAAAGGAUGUGUUCUAGGGUGGUUUCCUAAAUCACUUCACUGCAUUGACCUGCCAGAUGUUACGUCUUACUCUCUCAAGUUAUGCGUUAUGAAGCUACACUCUUUUUUUAUAAGAACCAGUAAAUUUAAGUUCAGGCUGACUGUUUUUAAUUUUUUCGAAAAUCUGCGGCUGGAUUGUUCUUAAUUUUUUCUUAAAUUAAGAGGGUGUAGGCAGUGCUAUUGCUAGCUUUUUCGCUCUAAGGAGGUAUUCAGGCCUCAUUUGCCAACAAAGUGAGUGAGACAGCCUUAAUUUGCUGACAAAUUUGAAUAUCCACCGAAAAAGCACCCACACAUCGCUAAAAAUCCUCGAUUUGGAGAAAAAACGUUGUUCAAAAUUGCAUUUUGCAGAAGCUCAGCCUCAGCUUGUUCUUAAUUUGUUCUUAACUUUUCACCAGUUUUGAGGCUCGUGUUCUCAUAAAAUUGUUCUUAUAAAAUUGUUCUUAUAAAAAAAGAGUGUAUUUCUCGAAUCAAGAUACUUUUAGAAGUCAGGUGCAGCCGCCUGCCGUGGGGCCAUAAAUGAUGAUUUUUGCAGUCCUCAAGAGUCCUGAGCAUUCUAAACACAUCCCUGUAAACAACAACC